AUGGAGACGGUGCUGCUGGAGCAUUUCCCCGGGGGGCUGGACUCCUUCUCCUCGCCCCCCUACUUCGACGAGGAGGAUUUCUUCACGGACCAGUCCUCCCGCGACCCCCUGGAAGCGGACGAGUUCCUGGAGCAGGACGUGGACUUCCUGAGCCACCAGCUGCAGGAGUAUUACCGGGACGGGGGGCAGGGCGAGGGGGGCUAUUGCUGCGAGGCGGCGGCCGCCGCGGCCAACUUCUCUUCCUCCUCCUCCCCCUCCUCGCCCAGCUUCCCCUACGAGUGCUGCGGGGCGGCCGCCUCCGAGCUGCUGUCCCCGGGGGGCAGGCUCAAGGCGCUGAGCUCCGCCAAGCGGCGCCGGCGGGUGCGCUCCGAGGCCGAGCUGCAGCAGCUGAGGCAGGCGGCCAACGUGCGGGAGCGCCGGAGGAUGCAGUCCAUCAACGACGCCUUCGAGGGGCUGAGGUCCCACAUCCCCACGCUGCCCUACGAGAAGCGGCUCUCCAAGGUGGACACCCUGCGCCUGGCCAUUGGCUACAUCAACUUCCUGAGCGAGCUGGUGCAGUCGGACCUGCCCCUGCGGAGCGCCAGCAGCGAGAGCCCCAGCCAGCCCAAGAAAGUCAUCAUCUGCCACCGGGGCACAAGAUCACCUUCUCCAAGCGACCCUGAUUACGGACUGCCUCCUCUUGCUGGACACUCUCUGUCAUGGACUGAUGAGAAGCAACUUAAGGAACAAAACAUUAUUAGAACAGCUAAAGUGUGGACCCCUGAAGACCCCAGAAAACUAAACAACAAAUCUUCUCUAAACAACAUAGAAAACGAACCUCCAUUUGAUUUUGUAUCAUGA